CUAGAGCGUCCGCCUUCAGCUCGUAUGCUCCCGGUCGUGGCGCCUAGAGCGUCCCGCUCCAGCUCGUAUGCUCGCGUCCGUGGCGCCUAGAGUGUCUCUCUGCAACCCCUAUGCUCGGUCGCUAGAGCGUCAGUCUCCAGCUCGUAUGCCCUGCCGCCUCGCCGGCUAGAGCGUCCCUUCCCGCUCGUGUGCUCGCGGCCGUGGUGGCUAGAGCGUCCCUCCUGGGAGCCGCGUGUGACCUUCCCGCCGCGGAGCGAUGCUGCCGGCAGCCGCUCGUCCCCUGUGGGGGCCGUGUCUGGGGCUUCGCGGCGCCGCGCUUCGCCUCGCCAGGCGGCAGGUGCCUUGCGUGUGCGCUGCGCGGCAGUUGAGCAGCAGCGGCGCCCGGCGGGGCGAGGCCCUGGCCGGGGCCCCCCUGGACAACGCCCCCAAGGAGUACCCGCCCAAGAUCCAGCAGCUGGUGCGGGACAUAGCCGGCCUCACGCUGCUGGAGGUCGCGGACCUCAACGAGCUGCUGAAGAAAACGCUGAAGAUCCCGGACGCGGGACUCGUGCCCGCGGGCGCCGUGAUGCCGGCCGCCGCCGCCGCCGCCCCGGAGGCGGCAGAAGACGACGUCCCCAAGCAGAAGGAGCGGACGCAUUUCACCGUGCGGCUGACGGAGGCCAAGCCGGUGGACAAGGUGAAGCUCAUCAAGGAGCUCAAGAACUACAUCCAGGGCAUCAACCUCGUGCAGGCCAAGAAGCUGGUGGAGUCCCUGCCCCAGGAAGUCAAGGCCAACGUGGUCAAGGCUGAGGCCGAGAAGAUCAAGGCGGCCCUGGAGGCGGUGGGCGGCACCGUGGUGCUGGAGUAGCCCCCCCAGGACUCGCGGGCACCCCGCCCCCGGCACCAGACCCCCACGGGGACUUGGGGAGUGGGGCUCCUGGCCCACCGCCAACGGACGGACUCGCUGGUGGGGAGGGCGGGGCAGCGGCUGCCAUGGCGCAGCCCCCAAGGGCCUCCAGGCCGCGUUGGCUCCUGUGGCCGCUGAGACAAAUAUACUGUUCAGGCUCCUGCAGGCUGGUGUGCUGGGGCAGCUGGGGGGCCUGCCUGCUGCCCCUGGGGGUGGGGGCUGAGAGGCUGUGAGGGGUGCAGUGGGUGUGAGUUUCCUGUGUCCAGACCUGGAGCCAGCAGCAGCCCUCGCCACGCAGGGAGGGGACCCGUGAUCCCUGGUGGGCGAGGGCCUGGGUGCCUGGACACAGCUUGUCGCCCAGGUGCUGGCCUUGGCCAGGGGCUGACUCCCGGGAACCUGCAGGCUGUGCCUGGGAGGCCGGAGGACCCCGCGAGGGGCAGUGUGCCUGGGGCGCAGCCUCCGGCCCCUGUGGGCCCUGGCCUGGGCUGCAUCGGCUCUCCUCUGGUGAAUGGUUCUCCAGCAGCAGACCCUGGACGAGGGCCCGGCCACCACACUCGGUGCUGGGGACAAGGACUUCCUGUCCCCUUCCCGAGGGUGGGGCGGUGCUUACACCUCGGGUGCCUGUCCCCGCCUCACCCUGACCCUUGACCCCUGCUGACCACACUGGCGUUCCUGCUGGUGGCUGGGAGACCCUGGGCCUGGUCCUUCCUGGGGGCUGCGUCCCCUUGACCAGCUUUGGGCUGGAAGUGACCUCCAACUGUACACAGGCGUGUGCUGGCGGCCACCCCGGGGCCUCGGCCACUUGGCCUUGACCCUGUGGGCUCAGCUGCUGGAAGUCGGCCGCCCCACAGCUCAGGUUCCUGUAAGCUCCUGGGCGGCCGUGCCCUCCCGGUCAGGCCCGAGGUGUCAGGGCCCCGGGUUCAAGGUUGGUCCUGGACUCAGACCUGGCCCUGCCUGCCCCACCACCCCUUGACCAGGGAUAAGUCUGCAGCUGGGAGUCUGGGGGGGAUCAGUGUAGGAGACCCCGGGCAGGGGAGGCAGCAGGUGCCGCUGAGCCCCUGCCACCCAGGUGGGGGUCGGAUGGAGCUCCAGGCUGCCGGCUUCGUCCUGACCCCACGUUGGCUGUUGUGUCUGGGGAACCAGCAGACGACUCUGCCCUUCAAAUAAAACUAGAGAAAGUGA